AUGAAGACCAUCUCAUAUGUGAUCGACCCAGACGGCGAUGUCGAGCUCGUUCUGAGAGAGCCAAAUUCUCACCUGAUCAUCCCCAAAAUCCACUCCGAUGAUUACUCAACUCACACUGAUCUGCCCGAUUCCGACUUCGAUAACCCGCCUGCAACUGGUCGUUACACCAUUUUCGACGAGCUCUACACCAAGCAGACGACCCCUCAUGAUGCUCAGAAGGUUGGAGAGGAUCAUGGGCCGCGGGAAGUCCGUAUGCGCCUCUCGUCGAAGCACCUGUCCUUUGUUUCCAGCACAUUCCGCGAUCUACUACUCGCUUCGAACAAAAAAGAUGAUUUUGCUCAAUGUUCUGUUUUUUUUUCUUCUCCUAUUCGACGUUUUACCAGGGUCCACACUAUCGGCUGGGAUGCUAUGGCCCUUGCCAUCGUGCUUGAUGCCAUCCAUGGGCGUCACGAGGUCAUUCACAUCUUCUUUGGCUAUUGGCAGAGAGAUAUAAUCCGCCAAGGUGGCUUUCCUACAACUCUCUGCAAGACAACUCUCCUAUGGUUGUACAUCUGCAUGGUCUUUCCGGGACAGGAGGGCGUCUUCGCAUCCAUGGCUCGUAUGGUUGUAACGGACUUCAAAGGCUCUGCUCAAAUCACUGCUCGAAUGCUUCCAAUCACAACCACUCUCAGAAAGCUCAGCGAAAAGAGACUCGAUGUCAUCGAACAGAUCAAGGACGGUCUUCAAGACGUACACAACUCACUCCUCCAAGAAUCAGGAUGUGUCCGAGGCGACCGUCUUUGCUCGUCGCUCACGCUUGGUGUGUUAGGUCGCAUGGUAUACCAAUAUGAACAUGCCGAGCCCCCUUUCAUCGCCCCCUUCGAUGGGUACAGUGUCGCCACAGCUUUGAAGCUAGUGAAAGAGUGCAUUGAGCCGAUUCCGCUACAUGACAAGUCCGGAACAGAUGCUCCCAGGCAUAUCGACCCCUACGAUGGCAGAACCUACCCUUGCAGCAUCAGAGGGAGAAUGACACCAGUGGUUGAGAAGGUCGAGAGGGAGCUUUACCGUAUGCGCCCGGCCGACUUCAAAGACUAA